UUCGGCAUUCUUAUCACAGGGCAUUUCAAGCAACCGCACCAAGCGCCCAAGCGGUCCACUGCUUUUCGGAAGACAUCCAGCGUCUGCGACCAGGAGGCGUCAUUGUCGGCUGCGCCUGCGCCCUGUGACGAGGCUCAACGUCACGUUCUGCACGCUACAAAAGGAGCACCGUGGCUGUCACAGCUUUCACUUGGCAGUAGCGGCGACAGCUGUGUGCACGGGCUUAACGUUUCGGCAUUCUUAUCACAGCUCAUUGCCCUUUUCGUCUGCGGCUUUGCCGGAACGUGCAUUGCUGGCCUUGUUGGCGGAUACGGCGGCGGAUACGGCGGUGGCUUCGGCGGUGGCUUCGGUGGGGGAUACGGAGGUGGUCUCGGUCAUGGACUGGGCCUUGUAAAGACUGUUCCUGGGCCAUCCUUCCUAGUCAAAACUGUGCAUAACGUGAACCGCGUGAGCCAAGGCGCUACCCUAUACGGUCGCCACGGCGGCGGAUACGGCGGUGGAUACGGCGGUGGAUACGGCGGUGGAUACGGCGGUGGAUACGGCGGUGGAUACGGCGGCGGUGUCGGACUCGGCGGAGGCUACGGCGGUGCCCUUGUCGGCGGCUAUGGAGGUGGUUACGGUGGUGGCUAUGCCAAGGUGGCCGUCAAGGGAUAGGACACUUUAGCAGAUAAAAGAAGUGGAGGGUAUUCAUAGAAGCACUCAGGCUACAUCUGGAUACAGCGUCCAUAGUGUCUGUCAGCAGCGUCGAGCCCAGCGACAGUGAAGCUAAAAACGUGCAAUUUAUGUCCGCACGUCUGUCGGAAGUGUACAGAAAAGUAGACUUCGUCUAGUGUAGCCCAGUGGGAAAGGCCAUGUGUGACGAAAGGACAAGACAUUUUUGCUGCUGAAGCCAUAACCGAUUCAGUGACAUCCGAGAGCACUGCGCCAACGGCUUGAUCAAUUCCGAGAGGCGCCAGCUGACAUCGAGUGUGACUGAUGAGAGUGAAUGUUGCGACAUUGUCUCGUGCUUGCGUCGUGUGCUCCGAAUAUCUUGUUUCACAGAAUAAU